GCUCGCAGCGAGGAGCCCUGGGUUCCCAGCUGCGCAGGGCGAGGGCAGGUCUCGCUUUGCGGCAAGCUGGUCCACACUCACUUCCCUCAGCCCCACAAUCAGGGAAGCCAAGAUUUCAAUUCCCACCUCUCCUCCAGCUGUCUAGACCAGCACCUGGCUGAGAGACAGCAACUCACCUUUGAGCUGUACCAGCUCAGAAGGUGGUGGUGGCUUUUUUGAGGGGGAAAAAAAUCCCUGGUUCAGGGGAGGGGACUUGGCGGGGAAGAGGCGAAAGAUGAAAAACUCCGUUUUUCUUCUCUGCUUCUGGAGCAUCUAUUGUUGCUUUGCGGCGGGAAGCCCCACACUCUCUGGUCCCGAGGGACAGCUGGAAGAUGAGCUUCCCAAAUCCAGGGAAGUGCAGGCUGCUGCCAAACGCUCUGUGCAUUUUAACCUCCGAACCUCUAAGGACCCAGAGCAUGAAGGAUGCUACCUCUCCCUUGGCCACAACCAGCAAUUAGAAGACUGUGGCUUCAACGUGACAGCCAAAACCUUUUUCAUCAUUCAUGGAUGGACGAUGGGUGGCAUGCUUCAUAAUUGGUUGUACAUACUUGUAUCAGCCCUGAAGACAAGAGAGAACGAUGCCAAUGUUGUGGUGGUGGACUGGCUACCCCUGGCUCACCAGCUGUAUACAGAUGCAGUCAAUAACUCUAGGGUGGUGGGGCACAGUGUGGCAAGGAUGCUGGACUGGCUACAGGAAAAGGAUGGUUUUUCUCUGGGGAGCGUUCAUUUGAUUGGCUACAGCCUUGGAGCACAUGUGGCGGGAUAUGCUGGCAACUUUGUGAAUGGAACUGUGGGCAGGAUCACAGGUCUGGAUCCUGCUGGGCCCAUGUUUGAAGGGGUGGACAUUGACAAGAGGCUGUCCCCUGAUGAUGCAGACUUUGUGGACGUUUUACACACCUACACACGCUCCUUUGGCUUAAGCAUUGGGAUUCAGAUGCCUGUGGGCCACAUCGACAUCUACCCCAAUGGUGGUGACUUCCAACCGGGCUGUGAAUUUAGUGAUGUCUUGGGAACACUUGCAUAUGGAAAAAUCACAGAGGCACUGAAAUGUGAGCAUGAGCGGGCCAUCGACCUCUUUAUCGAUUCCCUGGUGAAUCAGGACAAGCCAAGCUUUGCCUUCCAGUGCACAGACUCCAAGCGCUUCAAAAAGGGGAUCUGUCUUAGCUGCAGGAAGAAUCGUUGUAAUAGCAUUGGCUACAACACUAAGAAAAUGAGAAACAAGAGGAAUAGCAAAAUGUACUUAAAAACCCGGGCAGACAUGCCUUUCAGAGUGUAUCACUAUCAGAUGAAAAUCCACAUCUUCAGUUACAAGAACAGGGGGCAAGUGGAGCCAACCUUUUACAUCACCCUUUGCGGUACUAAUGCAGACUCCCAGAUGCUGCCUUUGGAAAUAGUGGAGCAGAUUGGGCUGAAUGCCACGAACACCUUCUUGGUCUACACUGAGGAGGACUUGGGUGACCUCCUGAAGAUCAAGCUCACAUGGGAGAAGACGUCACAGUCCUGGUACAACCUGUGGAAGAAGUUUUACAGCUACCUGUCUGAGCCCAGUGGCUCUGCUUGGGAACUACACAUCCGGCGCAUUCGCGUCAAGUCUGGGGAGACGCAGCAGAAGUUGACUUUUUGUGCAGAAGACCCUGAGAACAACAGCAUUUCUCCUGGCCAAGAGCUCUGGUUUCACAAGUGUCGAGAGGGCUGGAGAAUGAAAAAUGAAACCAGGGCCACCAUAGAGCUUGCCCGAGGGUCUGGGGAGCUUGAUUAAUCUGUACCUCAACCCCACUACCCACACACAUGGAGGAAAGUUACUGCUGAGGACCCGCCUGAAGAAGGACCCGCCUGAAGAAGGACCCCUCUAGCUUGAUCCUGGAAUCCCUGAGAACUUGCUUGCUGGGCCUGCCUGUGUGUCCUGUGCUUGCAGCUUUUCACUGGACAGGACAACUGUGUACUGCUGAAGUUCCAACGGUGCCCAAGAUGAACUGUCUCCAUUGACACCUCUGGAGCUGAGAUGGACUUGUGCGCUAGCAGUGUAAUGUCCAGGGUUCCCCCGUGCACCUGGCAGGUCUCCUGUUUGUUGGCUGAGCACAGGCUGUGUCUGAUGGAGCAUCCGGGCUCCAAAGCAGCUUUGCGUGGAAGGCUGCUUGUCCUGACUUGCACUUCAGCGAGAGGUCUUUUCCCUCAGGAGCUGACUCAUAUCAGGAUGUUAGGCCUGUUACCUCACUGGCCCAGAGAGGGGUCAUUAGCUCAGGAUGUGCUGAGGCCCUACUGUGGGAGUUCCCAUGGGUUGCUUUCAUCUGUACUGGUUAAAUCUUGGAGACAUUCCAUCCUGCUCCACAGCUCACCUCCUGAAGCACACAUCAUUGGCUUUCUCCUUCUGUUAGUCAUAAUUUGAAUAAACAAGUAUUUAUUCCAAACUUAAAAUUAGUUAGCAUGUGGCAGGAGACACAGUACUCAACCUCACCAUUUGGAAACUGAAUAGAGUUGGAGACCUAAGAAUCCCUUCCAACAUUUGAGAGGAAUGUAUAUGUAUGUGUGGUGAAAGACAGGAGGAGUAGAGGGUAGGCGCGGUGGAGGGAACUGCAGGUGACUGCAGUUGGGAACCCUGUGGCUUUAAAUGGCUCCUACCUAUUUCUUCUUAUCAUAUGCUAUUUCCCCCAAGAGUGACAUGUUUGAAAUCACUAUAAGAAUGUCAUACACUGAGGUCACAGUGGUAGCCGACUGCUAGAUAUGAUUGCUUUGGAGCAAAACUGCUUCUGUUUAGGAGCUAGGAGACACUUCCUGAAUUCUGCAAACCUGCUUAUGCAUAACCAGCCCUGUCAACAGUGCUAGCUCUAAGAUUUAAUGCAGAGCUCUUUUCUUUGAAACAUCUUGUUUUCAUACUGGUGCCUUUCCUGUGUUGGAUUUCUUGGAAAAGCCUCCAAUUCUAGACCUGGAUUUGAAUUAGCAUACAUGAUACCCAAAACACCAUUUUAUACUUUUCACGUACAUGACCCAAGUAGAGUGAGGUGAUCAGGGUCACUGUCAUCAUCCUUAUGUUAUGAAACUGAGGCUUAGAGUGGAGCCAGGCUGGGGACUCAGAUUUCCUGAAGGCAAAGUUCGUGGCAUACUCAUCUCUCCAACUUCAUGAGGACAGCCAUCGCUGUUUCCUGCCAGUGUGCACAGAUAUGACAAGCAAGGGACUUUUUUCCACCAAUCCACCCAUAAAAUCCUAAAUCCUUUCACUACUAUACAACUGGGGGAAAACCUAUGCCAAAGGGUUGAGUUUUCUUUAUGGAUGAGAUUUAUUCAGCAGGAUAUAUGAUAUUAGGUGGAGAUGAGAGAGGGAUUUUCUCUGUUCUUAGGUUUUUAAAAGACAUCGUUUCAAUCUGUGUUGUGCCAAAGUUAUAUCACUAUUUAUUACCAAACUUCUGAAGACAUAACCAGUCAAGUCUUAAUUCAAAGUAUGCUUCUAGUCUAUGUGCUUCUGUGAUUGCUUUCUAGCCAAAGCAAAACUUGUAUUACUUGCCAUACACCCUGGUACAUAAAGCCUUCUGUUUUUAGUAAUGGAAACUUUGGGAACUGACUCUUCAGCAGGUUGUGUAUUUAUACAUUUGACUUGAAGCCUUAUUUGUAUAUAUGAUGCUUCUUAAAUGCUACUUAAAGCGCUAUUUAUUUCUUAAGUGUGUAUAAUGUAUAAAGACAACCAUAUGGUUACUUUUUACUUUGAGA